AUUGCAUGCUCGCAAACCACUGUUGUGUCUACCAUGUCCUGACUAAUAACCUACUAUAGCUAAUACAUACAUGCUUAUAACACGGACAUUUAUGUCAGUAUGUCUGCGACUGAUAUGAACCAUACGCUCGACAUUCUAAGGUCACUGUAUCCGCACAUACAGACACUGGAGGAGUUUGCGAACAGCAUCGUGUUCAGAGAAGGACAGAGAGCAGUGCUCAUUGAACAGUCCGACACAAACCGCUUCAAAUCCUUCGUCAGGGGUGUUUUUGUAUGCUUUGACAAGGAACUACAGCAAGUGCCAAGCUGCAACCAGAUCUGCACUCUACCUGAACUGCUGGCCUUUAUCCUGAACACUCUAAAAAGAAAAAGAAAAAAAAACAUCUUGGCACACGGCUACAAAUUUCUGUCCCUAGCUCAGGAGGAGCGGGAUGCAGACCACUUCAAAUUCCAAGGAGAUGUAACUCAAAGUGCUGCCUACAUCCACGGCAGUGACAUGUGGAAGAAAGUCACAAUGCGCCUCGGCACAGACCUCACACGGUACCUGCUGGAGAGCUGCUCUGUGUUUGUGGCAGUCCCUCCUUCAUGUGUUUUCCAGGUGUGCGGCGCUCCUGUCUAUGACAGGAUAUCCAUGACUACUUCCUCCACUGGGUUUUGUGUCCAGCCUCGGUCCAGGACACAUAACGGUGCUCGGUUCGGAAGGAAUCGAGGUGCAGUGACGUUGAAAAGGAGACAGGGAGUUGAGAAUCCUACUGUCAGCAAGACAAGAAACAGAAGGGGUGUAAGAGUGAAGGAGCGGAAAAGGAAAAGAGAAAUUGAUCUGAAGGAUGAGGAGGAAAUGAUGACUUGUUCAGGAAAGAGGAGACGGGUAGGACAGCAAGAGCCCACACACGAAAUGCAACAGGUGUGCUGUGAAACAGCGGAGGAAGAGCAGCCCAUGUCUGUGGAACAAACACUAUCUACAAAGUCUUUGGAAAAUGCCACUACUGGUUCCAAACAGCCUGUUGAAAUGCAAACAACCAUAAUUCCCUUGGAGGGAGGACCCAGUUGGAGAUCGGGGAUUUUCCCCCCUUUGCCUCCCUCGCAAUGCUUUAUCCGCACACUGGGAUUCCUGUAUGGGGGAAGGGGCAUGCGUGGCUUCCUUCUCAACAGGAAGAAAAAGAGUGCUGAUGGAUGCAGAAGGCUACAAGGGCAAGAUUUGGUACGGACAGUCUUCUUUGAGGGAUUGGCGUAUCUAAACGGGCUGGAGAGGAAGCCAAAGAAACUCCCUCGGCGCUUCUUUAACAUGGUCCCCCUGUUCAGUCAGCUGUUGCGUCAACACAGGAGAUGUCCCUACAGCAAAAUACUGCAGAGGAUGUGCCCAGUGGGGCAGGAGAGAGAUGCAGAACAAGGGGAACUAAGCUCCAUCUCUCAACACUGUGCGCCUCACCGGGUCUACCUGUUCGUCAGGGAAUGCCUCUCCACUGUGAUCCCUCAGGAGCUAUGGGGCUCCCACCACAACCGACUUCUUUUCUUUUUCAGGGUCAGGGGCUUCUUGCGCAGUGGCAAGUUUGAGAGGCUUUCACUGGCUGAACUGAUGUGGAAGAUAAAGGUGAAUGACUGUGAUUGGCUGAAGAUCAGUAAAACAGGCAGGUUCCCGCCCAGUGAGCUCUCAUACCGGACACAGAUCCUGGGUCAGUUCCUGGCUUGGCUUCUGGACGGCUAUGUUGUAGGCCUGGUUCGAGCCUGUUUCUAUGUCACUGAGAGUGUGGGCCAGAAGAACGUUGUCAGGUUCUACAGACAGGAAGUCUGGGCAAAACUGCAGGACAUAGCCUUCAGAGGUCACCUCUCCAAAGGCCAGAUGGAGGAGUUGACUCCGGCUCAGGUGGCAUCCCUUCCCAAAGCCACCGUCAUCUCGCGCCUUCGCUUCAUUCCCAAGACUGAUAGCAUGAGGCCUAUCACACGCGUCAUAGGGGCAGAUCCCAAAACCAGGCUCUACCGAGGGCGUGUCCGGGACUUGCUGGACAUUCUGCGGGCCUGUGUGCGCUCCACUCCAUCCCUCCUGGGCUCCACAGUGUGGGGGAUGACAGAUAUCCACAAGGUGUUGCGCUCCCUAGCUCCAGCCCAGAAGGACCAGCUACAACCCCUCUACUUUGUCAAGGUGGAUGUGAGCGGAGCCUAUGAGAGUCUGCCUCAUGACAGACUCAUUGAAGUGAUUGGCCAGGCUCUGUCACCUGUCCAGGAAGAACUCUUUACCAUCCGCCGCUAUGCCAAGAUCUGGGCUGAUACCCACGAGGGCCUGAAAAAGUCCUUUUUGAGACAGGCAGAUUUACUGGAGGAUAACAUGGGAUCCACCAACAUGAAAGGCUUUGUGACGUCACUGCAGAAAAGGGGAAAAGUUCAUCACGCCAUACUGGUAGAGCAGCAUUUCUGCUCAGAUCUUCAUGGCAGAGAGGCGUUCCAGUUCUUCACCCAAAUGCUCACUGGCAGCGUUGUUCAGUUUGGCAAGAAAACAUACCGUCAGUGCCGAGGGAUUCCUCAGGGAUCGGUUGUGUCCAGUCUGCUCUGCUGUCUCUGCUACGGUCACAUGGAGAAUAUCCUGUUCAGAGACAUAACUGCAAAGAAAGGAUGUUUGAUGAGACUGGUGGAUGACUUCCUUCUGAUCACCCCUGACUUACAGGAAGCACAACGCUUUCUCAAGACCCUGCUGGCCGGGGUACCACAGUAUGGUCUGGUGGUCAACCCGCAGAAGGUGGCGGUCAACUUUCAGGUGUCUGGAAACAUGGGCUCCUGUCCCGGCAUUCGAGUGCUGUCCCCUCACUGCCUCUUUCCCUGGUGUGGACUGUUGCUGGACACGCACUCACUGGACAUCUACAAAGACUAUUCUAGCUACGCAGGCCUAUCUUUGCGCUACAGCCUGACUUUGGGCUCGAUCCACUCAGCUGGACGGCAAAUGAGGAGGAAACUGAUGGCUGUCCUCAGACUCAAGUGCCAUGCCUUGUUCUUGGACCUGAAGACCAAUUCUCUUGAGGCAGUCUACAAGAACAUCUACAAGCUGGUGCUGCUUCAUGCAUGCAGGUUCCACGUGUGUGCCCAGAGUUUGCCCUUUGGUCAGAUAGUUGCUAAGAACCCUGUCUACUUUCUGCAGAUGAUAUUGGAUAUGGCCGAAUACGCCAAUCAGCUCAUCAGGCUCAGCAACAAAGGACUGAUUUUAGGCAAUAAGGCCCAGACUGGCAUUAUGCAGUAUGAAGCAGUGGAGCUGCUUUUCUGUCUUUCCUUCUUGCUAGUGCUGUCACAACACCGUCCUCUCUACAAGGAUCUGCUCCCAUACCUGCACAAACGGAAGCGCAGUCUGGAGAGACGUCUGGGGGAUCUGAGGCUGGCCAGGGUUCGACAGGCCACUAACCCCAGGACACCAGUCGACUUCCUGGCCAUCCAGAUGUAGACUACCAGCUAGCCCCAAUUAAAGCUCCCGAGACAACCAUUAAACCCUCAACAGGUUUGAAAUCAGUGAUUUGGAUUUAUCUUAUCUUCAGUGUGCCAAAAAAAUGUAAUGUAUCCAAAAGAGGCUUUAGGAACGGAGAGGCGUAAAGAUAAAGUCUUUAGACAGCUGAUAUAAAACACUUUAAACAGUGAUUAAUCUCAGUCAUAAACAAAGAAGAUAUGACAUUUAUUCGUCACUUGUAUGUAAAUAAGUUCACCGAAAUAUUGUCAGCUAUUAGUCAAAUGACAGCUGGAAGUGGAUGUUUUGUGACAUGGCCGUGUUUCAAUAUGAUGUGUUAGAAUGAAUGUUAUUUCCAUCAUGUACACUACACAACACUAUGUACAAAGGAAAGACUUUCAAUGUUAAAUAAAUCCAGUUUUGUUA